GAGAUUGUCCUGUUGACCGAAGGUGGACUCCCAGAGCGCAGGCAGGGGAACGCUGGAAGCAAAAAAUUCCAGUUAGUACGAAACUGCACCAUGCGCCUCCCCUGAGUGGGUUUGGAAUAAUCACCGGGAAUCCGUGUGGACUCAAAAUAUACAUCCUUUAACAACAGCUGGGAGCUGUUUCGCUAUGGUUCUGCAUUGUCAUAUUUGGUUUAUAUGGACUACAGCCGUCGUUCCCUGUCCGUAAUGACGCUUCAGAGCUCCACAGCACAUGGACCAAGACAUGAAGCAAGAAUGGAGGCAUAACAGCUAACGGAGUGGAGCAUACUUUCUUGCAUCCUGCUGGAGAUACUUUUCAAUGUGGGCGUUCACAGAAAACAGGAUUUUAAGUCAAAUUGAAUGAUGGCAUCACGUUGGGUUCACUCUUGUGAAGAUGAUGAGAGACAACAAGCAAGAUCUUCUUUAUGCGAGAAUGAAUCUCCAGAGUGGAGAAACUUGGCUGAUUCUCCUCCAGGGCAAUACCCAAUGGAUGAGGAGUUCGCAUGGCCGAGGCCUAAAACUGUGCGAUUGCGUCGAACUUCCCAAGGGUUCGGCUUCACCCUGCGCCACUUCAUCGUGUAUCCACCUGAGUCGUCCAUGCACUGCUUCCCGGAAGAAGAUCAUGGCCGCAGAGGGAGACCACGAAAUAGGCUAGAACCUAUGGACACCAUUUUCGUGAAGCAAGUCAAGGAAGGUGGCCCCGCUCAUGGAGCUGGUCUUUGCACAGGGGAUCGAAUAGUGAAGGUAAAUGGAGCAAGCAUCAUCGGGAAAGCCUAUUGUGAGGUUAUAGGCUUGAUCCAAGACAGUGGUGAAUAUCUGGACCUUUGUGUGAUGCCAAAAGAUGAAGAUAUACUGCAAUUGGCCUACUCCCAGGAUGCCUACCUCCGGGGCCAAAGCAGCUAUAGUGGAAAUGCACGUCACAUUCCUGAGCCUCCCCCAGUAUGCUACCCCAGAGUAGACUGUAAGCCUCCGGGCAUGGCCCAGGCGACAGACUCAGCUGAGCAGGUCUGCCGAGGGCCAGCAGCACCUCCUGACCAUGGGUACCGAAAAGAGAUCUCCGUGCCCCCAUCUCCUCCUCCCCCUCAAACGUAUCCAAAAAGCCAGAUGGCAGUGUGCAUGCGCAAUGACAGCGUAAGGACUGUGGUGGUUCCUCCUGAUGUGGCGCAUAUGGGGCGCAUGGGUCCAGUUCAUAGGAUGGAUUAUGUUGACCCUGUCUUUCUCAGGGGGAGGCCAGGAUCAUUGGCUCAGUAUCCUCACCCUCGAAAGGCUGAUGUCUACCCUGGUGGUCCAGGAAUGCUUCCAUAUGGUGGACAGGCCCCUCAUUACCCAGCCAAUAAUCAAAACAUUGAUUGGCGCACUUACCAAACGUACAGGGAGUACAUUGACAACAAAGGAAUCCAUUCCCAUGCCAGUCGAACUAUCCAGGAGAGGCUGGACAAUUUGCGAGGUAGUCAGCCCACCUUUGGCCCCACGCAUCACAUUUCCCGGGGAGACUGGGUCCCUAAGGGGAUGCGACGCAGGAGUACCUCCCAUGAGCGAUCAUAUCAAGGACCUCCACCCCACUUUCAGGUUGCCCCACGCAGUGCUUCACAAGAUCGCUUGAGCAGUGCAGAGAGAAUCAGCCAAUCCCGUAACUGGCCUCCUCGGAGCAUGUCCCAAGACGGCCUAAUGCACAAAGCCCGGGCACUCUCUACAGAUUACGUUGACCCGGCAGAGCUGGCUCGGCCUAUUGAAAGGAGAGCCGGGUAUGGAAGGGCAGACCAAGGUACGAGACCAAGCAGACAGUCUAUUCCCAGGCAAGCCAUGCUCUACAGGCCUACUGCUGCCUAUGGUAGUGGCAUGAGGGGGCCACCUAACCCCCCCCUCUAUUCUAAAGGACCAGAUUCUUUUCAGACUCGCUCCUCACCCAUGCUCUCAGAGAGACUCUCACAUUUUGGAAAGAGUGCAAGUACUGACCAUUCUCUUGUUGACCAAAGAGUUGCAGUAAAAGGAAACCAUGUCGCUCGUGCUACCCAACAUGGUCAGAAUAGGAUGCGGGCUGAAUCCAUGCAGCCUGCUGAAACAAGCAGAGACCCAGCUGUGGUAGGACACAGGUCGUCUUCAUGCUCUACCGCGAAGCAGAUGCCUCAGAGGCCUAGCAUCCUCAAACCACCUCACCCAGACUCCCAGAGUCAAGUCAAUGGACGAAGUCCCACAGAGACCGGGGUUGUUCUGAGGGAGAAGCCUCCUCCAGGGAAGAACCCCAGCCCUCUUCGACACCCGUCUUACAUCCUGGCUGUAAAUGACGAAGGAGCAGAUUCCUCCACAGACGUAUCGGCGUGCUGGCUUCCCAAUGAUGCACGACGAGAGAUUCACAUGCGCCGCCUUGGGGAACAACAUCACACCUCCUGCUCCAGCAACCUGGAUGAGUCUCUGGACUUGAUUCCAUUCAUUGAUGAGCCAACCAGCCCCAGUGUGGACCGAGACGCCGCUCCUAUUCCACCCUCCGCUGUCAUAUCUGUUGCACCAUCGAUAACCACAGGUCCCUCCAGCCCAGGCUCACUGUGCCCUCCUAUUCGUCGUCAGUUGUCACAUGACCAAGAGUCUCUGAGAAGUGCUUUGUUAGAGUCUGAAACUGGCAGCAAAACAGAGCGUUCCAAAUCCUACGAUGAAGGUCUGGAUACCUACCAGGUGGAGAGCAGAGAGCGAUCUUCCAGUAAGCAUUUGCCAAGUCUCGGAGGCCUGAGAAAGGUUCUGGAUGGUCACAAAUCUUCUGCAGAUUCAGGAUCUCAACGUGAUUCAUCUUCGGAUAUCUUUGCCAACUCUUCCAAAGAAGGGCUGCUGAAUUUUCGGCAACUUAGUACUGACAAAAACAAGCGUGUUGGUGGAGGAAUGAGAUCAUGGAAGCAGAUGUAUGCUGUGUUGCAAGGUCACACCCUUGCACUCUACAAAGACAGGAAGGAUGCAGUGUAUCACGCUUCCACGCCAUCUGACGAAGACCCAUUGCGAAUCAGCAUCAAGGCCUGUCUGAGUGACAUCUCCUACAGCGACACAAGACGCAAGAAUGUGCUGCGACUCACCACCUCAGACUGCGAGUAUUUGUUCCAGGCAGAGGACAGGGACGACAUGCUGUCAUGGAUCCGAGUCAUUCAGGAUAACAGUAACCCCGAUGAAGAGGAUGCUGCUGUAAUAAGUCAGGACCUGAUCAGUCGGAAGAUCAAAGAAUACAACAUGAUGAGCGCCCCCAGCAGCAGGUCAGAGCCCUCCCCCAAAACCUCCCGACAGUCCCUCAGCAUCAAACAAGCCUUCCUGGGAAGUAAAGCAGACAAUAAGAGCCACAGCCCUCAUUCACCCAGAACAGGAGAUGAGCGGCGGGCGCUGAGAGAUGACUCCAGUCCACCGCGAGACAGAGCUGCUUGGAAAAUUGGCAUUGCAGGGAUCAUGAGGAAGCCCUUUGAGAAGAAGCCUCCAGCAGGGGUUACUUUUGGGGUGCGGCUUGAUGACUGUCCACCGGCACAUAACUACAGGUUUGUUCCUCUGAUCGUGGAGGUGUGCUGCAAGGUGGUGGAGGAGAGAGGCCUGGAGUACACAGGAAUCUACAGGGUCCCUGGCAACAACGCUGCCAUCUCCAGCAUGCAGGAGGAGCUCAACAGCAAAGGCAUGAAUGACAUUGACAUCCAGGAGGACAAAUGGCGGGACCUCAAUGUCAUCAGUAGUUUACUUAAGUCCUUUUUUCGAAAACUUCCAGAUCCUCUGUUUACAAAUGAAAAGUAUGCAGAGUUUAUUGAAGCCAACAGAACAGAAGACUCAGUAGAGAGAUUAAAAGAGCUUAAAAGGCUGAUCCAUGAAUUACCUGAUCAUCACUUUGAAACUCUGAAAUUCCUUUGUGCUCAUCUCAAGCUGGUGUCUGAGAACUGUGAAAAGAACAAGAUGGAGCCCCGUAAUCUGGCAAUAGUGUUUGGACCAACGCUGGUCCGAACCUCAGAGGACAACAUGGCAAACAUGGUCAAUCACAUGCCGGACCAGUGCAAGAUAGUGGAGAACCUCAUCCAACAAUAUGAUUGGUUCUUCACUGACGAAUGUGACGAGGACCCUGUUACCACAGCUGAGCAGGAGAGCACAGUGCAGUCUCAGCCUGUGCCCAAUAUCGACCACCUGCUCUGCAACAUUGGACGAACUGCAGCUUCACCGGGCGAAGUCUCAGAUUCAGCAUGUAGUGACUCCUCCAAAUCAAAGCAGAGCUUGUGGGGGUCAGGGAAGGAACAGUGUAGCAAAGAGAUGCUGCGCUCCUCCUUCUUCGCCAGCCGCAAACGCAAGAAGCCCAAGGACAAAGCUCAACUCAGCAGUUCAGACGACGACCUGGACUCUGUGUUCUUCAAAAAAGAGCUCCCAGUGGAGAGCCAGCAGCAGCCUCCAUGGUCCCCUGGCAGCCGGACAGAGGAGGAGGAGGAGGGAGAGACGGAUGAAGCCAUUGAGAAAGAGAAGCACAUGAACAGCUCAGAGGAACAGCUCGACACAUCUAACAGAAAGGAGUCUCUCUCCAGCAGCCUGAUUUCACAGCCCUCCCCCUCCCUGCCUCCAGAGCACAUGUCCUCCGCCCUUCACUCUGGCUCCUCCCCUUACGCCUCCCCCUCACACUCCCCAAACCUCAGCUACCGCAUGCCGAUGGCUCACCAGUCCUCUCUGUCGGACCCGCCUUCAAACUAUGACGACACAGUGUCCGACCUCGGUACGAUGAACAGCACUUGCUCUCAGGCGUCCGUGCCCAGGAUGAGGCGAGGCAGGGCAGUGGCCCAUGGCUCUGAAGCAGGCCCCAGCGGGCUGGGAGCCGAGGUUUGCUCCAUCACCUCUGACUACUCCACCACCUCCUCCAUGACGUUCCUCACCGGAGCAGAGCUCAGCACCCUCAGCCCUGAGGUGCAGUCUGUGGCAGAGAGCAGGGGCGGAGACGAUGCAGAUGAUGAGAGGAGUGAGCUGAUCAGCGAGGGGAGGCCGAUGGAGACGGACAGCGAGAGUGACCUGUCAGUGUUUACAGUUGGGAGAAACGAGCAGCGGGAACUGCAGGAGGCCCCUCGGCCCCUCCCCUCCCACAGGCUCAUCGAGUGUGAUACGCUCUCCAGGAAGAAAGCCGCUCAGCAGAAAACUAACAGCGAGUCUUCACUGGAGGGAGCUUGGAGCGAUAAAGAUUCAAACAGACUGUCACGCGUGUUAGGCUCAGUGAAAGGUCGCUCCACAGGCAGCCUCAGCUCCUCGUCUCGCGGUGAGUUAGACAAGGCAGAGCCUGCGUGGAAGCUGAAGAUCACCGAUCGACUGAAGGUGCGUCUGCGUAUGUCUGUAGAUGACAUGUUUGGCGUAGGCAGUCAGAGGAGCCAGGCAGAGGGCCGCAGUAAGAAGAAGAACAUCAGACGCAGACACACCAUGGGCGGUCAGAGGGACUUUGCCGAGCUGUCUGUUCUAGGGGACUGGCAACACAUCGGCAUCAGAUCAGAGCUCUCAGCUGUGGACCAGCUGAAGCCAAAGUGCAGCUCUCAAGACUUCUCCAUCAGGGACUGGAUCGCCCGGGAGCGCCAUCGCACUAGCAACCCCGAGGUCAGCCUGGACCUCUCCGAGCAGGGGGCACUGUGCAGAGCGAACUCCCAGAGCCUCGGAGCCUCGUCCUCCUCUGAACUCUCACACCGCCAGGCUGACGUGCUGAACGGGGACGUCCCACAGAGUAAAAAUCUGAGCCUCUCUGCCACCGCACACCCACAUAAACUCUCCAGUUCCCAGGUGGUCCAUUCGCGCUUCUAUCAGUACCUGUGAGGGGUGUUGGACGUAUGUGUGUGUGUCUGUGUGUGUUCUCCGUCUGUGAGAUGUGUACGUACUUGGGAGUCUGUCGAUAUACGUCUGUUGUGUGACCAGUGUCAGUGAAUGAGCAUGUUGUACAAAUAUCGUCUGGUGGAGUGUGUGUCUGUAACUGGUAUGUGUGUAUGCUUGUUAAAAGAGAAUUACUGCACACAGGGAUCGCUGAUCUUGCUCAUGUAGAAGCAUGAAACAAAACAUUGUUUAUACAUUUUUAUUUUUUUGUUUUUAUUGACAAAUGACUUUGGGAUAGUUCAGCAGGAGGAGUUACUCCCCCCUGGUUUUAAUCCCUGUUAUGCUGAAGACUGAGAGAACUUGUUGCUCAUGAAAAGAAUGAGUCUGUGAAGUUUGUGCAAGGAGGUGCAAACAGUGAUACUCAAGUUAGGAUUGUUUCAAGGUUAAGUAAAGUGGCUUUAAGGAUGAACUGACUUUUUGAAUGAAUAGGAAAUAGUAUAAGUUGAGAUUUCUAGUAUUGCAGAGGAGCUAUUUUUGUGUAAAGAAAAAGUAUGUCUCUCUGUAACCAAAUGAAGAAUGUACAGACAUGCUUGCUGUAAUACUGACUAAAAGCUUUAGAUGCUUGUUUCACUCUAAAGUGUACAUAUCCCUAUUUUUCUGUGUACUACUUGAAAAGUGUUUUUGGUACUGCCUGUGUGUGGACUGCCUACAAGCUCUCUGCUGUCAAAGGGGCCUUUCCAAAGGUACAAAGGUGAAGAGGAGACACUGGACUUAUGCAAAUUGGAAAGAGUUCGUAUUCAUCCCGGUCACGUGGUUUAAAGAGCAGCGAACAACAUCCCUCUGUUGCAAAUGUUAUGCUGUUGUAGUGUUCGUGGUUCAAGCAUCUGUCGAUUGCAAAGAGGAAGAAGAGUCAGAAGAAGAAAAAAAUGGGUAAUCAAUCAGCAAAUCAUGUUUCUUCAAAAUAGGAAGUGCCUCACAAUGAAAUGUUAAGGGUGCCAUAUUGUCUUUGUCUUUGAGACACACGAAGAUGUUACUGUGAAUGACAUUUUCAUUGUCGACUCUCAGUCAUUCUACAGGUUAUGUAACAAAAUGCCGAGCUUCCAUUCCUUAGGCAUUCCACUCUGGUCUUAACGUGUUUUUUACUUCUUUUUUUUUCCUCUCAUUUUUUGAUUUUAACAGAACUUGAAUUUUAAAUAUUCCUUGUAAAAUACAUAACUUAAGUGUACAUAUUAAUGCCAUGUUUUAGCUGCUUUACUUUUCAUUUCCAUCAGAUUGCGGGAUAGAGUACAGUAUUGUGAGAUGAUGAUGAUGAUGAUGAUGAUGAUGAUGCUCAUGAGGUCUGUGUGGGUGUUGUGGGCAGUUUGGUACUUCUCAGUGGAGGGGGAUCCCUGCAUGAGGAAACACUUGGUUGAGCUGGAUUGUUGGUACCAAUGCUGUGUUCCUCUUAUUGUUAGAGGGGUUUGAACAGACUCCUGAAACACUGGAAAUAAAUUUUGUCAAUGG